AUAAACCACCAUCUCUCUCUCUUUCUCUCUCUCUCUCUCUCUCUCCUCCUGUAUGAAUUGCCUGGCUAUGCAAAUCGCUCAUAAUUAGACAUGCUAAUAUAUGGCAGUAAUAAGCCACUGUCUGUCGUUAUGUCUGCCAGUCUCUCCAUUGUGUCCAGCAAAAAAAUGUGUCUUUAAAAUAACACUUCCCACAGUCCUCUGUCUUUCCCAUAGACAUGUCACAGCUUGCAUAAAAACCAUCAAACGAUUCUCAAUAAUUGCCUCAUUUAUGCACAUUUCACUAUUUUUUCUUUUUUUUUAAAUGUUAAGACAGUGAUUCAAAAUAAGCUGAUAUUUAUGGAUUAAUGCUAGGCAUUUUUUUCUUUUCUUUUUUGACUGUUUGUACAUAUAUCGUUAACAAUAGAUCUAUGGACACUUACACCAAUUAGUGCACUAGUUCAUUCAUUGUGAAAAUGUUUGGUCUCAUGUGUCUCUUUUACCAUCUUAAAAUAGUCCCCUCGACACAGCGCUUGUGGCACGGAAAUGUUUUUUUAAGGAAGCAUGUGGAGCCUUGUGCCCCCUGAAAGGAAACAAAUGUUUGGGAGAAGCAGAGAGCGGCGGUUUUGGCCGCUUUCCCAGCACAGACGCAAGUGCCAUCACAGGCUCCGGAAGACUGAAGUUCCUUCUGCUCAUGCAAGAAGCGGUGCCUUUCGAGCAGAACCGCAUGCAUAGUUGCAUCAUUUAAUGUUGUUUAAUGCUUGUUUAAGUUGACAUUCUAUAGUCCAUAACCUCUUCUCACCUUGCUUACAUACAUGGAGAUGAGCUAUUUUCUCUCAGAUCUUGCUGUGAAGUGCUUUGGAAAGCAGCAGUUAUGCUCAGUUAAAUCCUAGGGGUUUUUGGAAAAUGGCGUUGUCGCUUUCUCAGCACUUUUGAAGUCAGCGUCCUCAUGCAAACCUCUGUGCUUUCAUGGGAUGUGGAAGAUGAAGCAGGUGCUUGUCAUUUGAGUGGUCAACUAAGGACAGACGGCUGGCCGCUUUGUGUUAUAUGAAACUACAGCCUUUGAUCAGCAGUUGUGAAAUGUUGUUGAGUAUCCGUGGCGCCCAGGAGGAGGAGCCCCCCGAUGCCCAGCUGAUGCGAUUGGACAACAUGCUUCUGGCGGAGGGCGUGUCUGGGCCGGAGAAAGGGGGCGGGUCUGCGGCGGCGGCGGCAGCAGCGGCGGCGUCAGGUGGAGUUGGAGCCGAUAACUCAGCAGAACACUCAGAUUACAGAGCCAAACUCUCCCAGAUCCGCCAGAUCUACCACACCGAGCUGGAGAAAUACGAACAGGCGUGUAACGAGUUCACGACCCAUGUGAUGAACCUGCUGAGGGAACAGUCUCGCACACGGCCCAUCUCGCCCAAAGAGAUCGAGCGCAUGGUCGGCAUCAUCCACCGCAAGUUCAGCUCCAUCCAGAUGCAGCUCAAGCAGAGCACCUGCGAGGCCGUCAUGAUCCUGCGAUCCCGCUUCCUCGACGCCAGGAGGAAAAGACGAAACUUCAACAAACAGGCCACAGAGAUCCUGAAUGAAUAUUUCUAUUCCCAUCUCAGUAAUCCAUAUCCCAGUGAAGAGGCCAAAGAGGAGCUGGCCAAGAAAUGUUCGAUCACGGUCUCGCAGGUGUCCAACUGGUUCGGAAACAAACGAAUCCGAUAUAAGAAGAACAUUGGAAAAUUCCAGGAAGAAGCCAACAUGUACGCCGCGAGAACGGCUGUGAACGCCGCGAGUGUGUCCGCACAUGGCAGCCAGGCCAAUUCCCCGUCCACUCCAAACUCAGCAGGUUCUGCUGGCUCUUUUAACAUGUCAAACUCUGGCGAUUUGUUUAUGAGUGUUCAGUCUCUGAACGGGGACUCGUACCAGGGCUCUCAGGUGGGAGCCAAUGUGCAGUCACAGGUGGAUACCCUUCGCCAUGUUAUCAGCCAGACAGGAGGAUACAGUGACGGCCUCGCAGCAAACCAGAUGUACAGUCCGCAGGGCAUCAAUGCGAAUGGUGGCUGGCAGGACCCCACCACCCCCUCCUCCGUCACCUCCCCCACAGAAGGACCCGGAAGCGUUCACUCCGACACCUCCAACUGAUCCUCCGCACAGAACGGACUCUCUGCAUCACGCCACACGCUCUUCUCUCCAGUGUGUAAAUGACUUUUGAGAACACAAACAGUGCAUCAUCAACCCUCAUCUUCACAUUAACGUGUUCAUGCUACCUCUCAAAACAUCCACACAUCACUUCAGUACAUAAAUAGUGUCAGCAAACAGAUUAAAACCAAGACCAGGCAGAUAGUUCUACACAUCAACCCGGUUCAGAACGCCUUCAUCGUCACAACAAACAUCACGUUAUGUUUGAAACAUUUUGCAAUUUUACCAUAGUGCCAAAGUACUUUUAUACAUCUCUUCUUUAGUGACAUUUACACAACAGAUUUUACAUUAUAAUAGACUUAGUAUGCUUGAAAAAGCAGUUGAUUGGGUUCACGCUGCCUCGGAGCUGAAGUCAACUAGAUUUCUGUUCAUGUAAUAACCUUGAAUAAUCUCCAGAAUAUUUGGUCGUUUAGAUUAUGUUUAUGUACAUAAGGGAAAAUCAUAAUUUCCCUGCUUUAAUGAGAAAUAAAGGCAAUGCAGUUAUCAAAUCUAGGCACAAGAGCAUCAUGUUACUUUGCAUCUUAUAAGAUUCACAUGCAUCACACUUCAGUUUGUCUGAUAUUCAUGUACAGACACACAAAUCCCUUUAUAUAUCAUCAUCAUCAUCAUCAUCAUCAUCAUCAUCGUCGUUGAAGGAUUUUCAUCAGCGCACAUGAGAAUGCAAUAAACGGCAAUCAGAAGAAGCGAACAAAUCCCAAAUGUGAAAUGGCUUUCUUUUCCAGUUUCGUACCGCGUCAGCCUUCUCUUUGGGCGACUUUGAUACCAAAAACCACAGACGUGUCCGUUCUCUACGUUGACAUCACUUAAACAUUGUUCAUGUUGUAAAUUGUGUAAUAUCUUGGGCGCUGGGAUGCGUUUCUCACGAAUGUCCUGGGGCGUUAUACUCGAAACCAAAAAUCCAGCUGGAAUUCUGUCGCAUUUCUUGAGAAGAAAAGGAAAAGCUAACGAUGGCACACAAAUGCAGAAAUCGUUUGGAUAUAUUUUUGAUGCCCUCCUGUUGUGAAUAGGCGAUUCUCGUUUCUUAUUUCAUAUUGGGCUUGUUUACAGGGCGGCCAUAUAUUUUUUUUCUCGCAAGCAUAAUGUGAAUGCGCGCUAGCUUCUAUAUGUAGAUGUGCACCUUUGCUCUUGUUUUGCUCUUUUUUUUAUAUCAGUCGUCUAAAAAUGACAAGGUCUUUACGGAUGGAUCUGAUCUGUGAUGAGGGCGUGUCGAGGGUUACUGCUCCUGAAAAGAUCAGGGCCACAAUCACUGCAAGUAAACUGUUCAUCACGUGACUGUUUGGGACUCGAGAAUGAGGCCGUGUAGAGGUUUUGGACGGUCAUAGUCCUGCAUCGCUUUCUUUGGUUUGCCGUCUCAUCCCGGCGCAGAUCCCACUUUCGAAGCGUUUCCCUUCGCUCACGACGUUUGUAUCACUGCCUGCCCAGCAGCACCAUAUUCAGAAAAGCCUCAUGUAAUGAUGCUUUUAGUUUUUGCAUAUACAGCGGUUUGUAAAACAUCAAAUGUUUACUUUGUUGCAUGUCUUUUGUUCUUUAAACUCCUGCAGUGUUUUUGAAUGUUUCUUCUUUUUUAUAUCAAGCGCAGAGACAUUCUCUUGUCAAGUUUUAACUUUUAAGAUCUCUGCAUAUGUAUAAAAGGAAUAAAAUGGAACAGCAAACUAUUGUCUUUUUGAUUCCAACUCGUUUUUGUGAAGAAAAACUAACAAGGUGUAGGUUUUUUGGUCUCUUAAUUUGUACUGGUAAUGCAUAUUCCGAAUAAAUAGUUUCUUUUGUUGCCAUA